GGCGGCGGAUAGACUGGAGGCGUGGGAGAGAAAAGGGAAGGAGGCGAACGCCAAGCUUAAGGGAGGCCAAGCCGCAGCCGGGAAAGGCUGGUCAGUUUCAGCCCUGGUCAGUUUCACCCUGGUCAGUUUCAGCCCUGGGACUCUCCCUUCUGCGCUCAAGCACCGGGCGGAUGAUCGCUCGCCUGCAGGCGAGAGGCGAGGUGCGCGCACACGCACAGCCCGUUUCCAGCGUUGCCUCGCCAUCCAAAAAACCAGCAGCGGCGGCGGAGGAAGAGGAGGAGGAAGAGGAAGAAGAAGAAGAGGCGAAGGAGGUUGUUGGGAUCGAGGCCAAUCCAGAGCGCAAAAGGAGGGAAGGCUGCGUGUGCCCCCCCCCCCCCCAUCUCUCUCUCUCUCUUCUCUCCUCUUUCUCCACCUUGGCAUCCGUUUGGCUUUUGGGAACUAGGAUGGAAAACCGAGACGGCGUGACGCCUCCGAGUCGCCCGGGGGGCAAGUUCGGGGCCGCCUGAGAGAGCCCCGAUGGCCGGAGCAGCCGCCGGACCGUCCCCCGCCCCACCAGCUCCCGGUUGGCCGCGGGGAUCGGAUUCUCCUGCUCCUCCUCCUCCUCUUUUUGGUGGCUUUGCUCCCUCUCCUUUUCCCUGCGGAGGAGACCGCGGCGCUCCCCGGCGAGGCAGCGGGGCGAUGGGGCUGGCCGUCCGGAUCAGGUAGAGCUGGAAGGGGUCGCUCGCUUAGGCCACCCAGUCGCUAUGAAACAUGGCUCAGCUGUACUACAAGAAAGUGAACUAUUCGCCCUACCGAGACCGGAUCCCCUUGCAAAUUGUACGGGCGGAAGCCGAGCUGUCGUUGGAGGAGAAGGCCUACCUCAGCGCUGUGGAGAAGGGGGACUACGCCAGCGUGAAGCAUUCCUUAGAGGAGGCAGAAAUUUACUACAACAUCAACAUUAACUGCAUGGACCCUCUUGGGCGCAGCGCCCUUCUGAUAGCCAUAGAGAACGAAAACGUGGAGAUUAUGGAGUUGUUGCUGAGCCACAACGUUUACGUGGGGGACGCCCUCUUGUACGCGAUACGGAAAGAAGUCGUCGGAGCUGUGGAACUGCUUCUGAAUUACAGGAAGCCAAGCGGGGAGAAGCAGGUGCCCACCCUGAUGAUGGACACUCAGUUUUCGGAGUUCACCCCCGACAUCACCCCCAUCAUGCUGGCGGCUCACACCAACAACUAUGAAAUCAUCAAGCUCCUGGUCCAAAGACGAGUAACCAUCCCGCGCCCGCACCAGAUCAGAUGCAACUGUGUGGAAUGUGUCUCCAGCUCUGAAGUGGACAGCCUGAGGCACUCCAGGUCGAGGCUGAACAUUUACAAAGCGUUGGCCAGCCCUUCGUUGAUAGCCUUGUCGAGCGAGGACCCCAUCCUGACUGCCUUCCGGCUCGGCUGGGAGCUAAAGGAGCUCAGCAAAGUGGAGAACGAGUUCAAGGCGGAAUACGAGGAGCUGUCUCAACAGUGCAAGCGGUUCGCUAAGGACCUUCUGGACCAGGCGCGGAGCUCCCGGGAACUGGAAAUCAUCUUGAACCACAGGGAUGACCAGAGUGAAGAGUUAGAUCCCCAAAAAUGUCAUGAUCUGGCAAAGCUAAAGGUAGCAAUAAAGUACCAUCAAAAGGAGUUCGUCGCCCAACCCAACUGCCAGCAACUGCUCGCCACACUGUGGUACGACGGCUUUCCCGGAUGGCGGCGGAAGCACUGGGCCGUCAAACUCUUGACCUGCAUCACCAUUGGACUGCUCUUUCCAGUGCUUUCCGUAGCUUACUUGAUGGCGCCCAAGAGCAGGCUGGGACUGUUCAUUAAAAAGCCAUUUAUCAAGUUCAUCUGCCACACUGGCUCCUACCUUACCUUCCUCUUCAUGCUCCUCCUCGCAUCGCAACACAUCGUCAGGACAGACCUCCACAUGCAGGGACCUCCUCCCACCAUUGUUGAAUGGAUGAUCCUCCCCUGGGUUCUAGGUUUUAUUUGGGGAGAAAUCAAAGAGAUGUGGGACGGAGGCUUCAACGAGUACGUGCACGAUUGGUGGAACCUGAUGGAUUUUGCCAUGAACUCCCUCUACUUGGCCACCAUCUCCCUGAAAAUCGUGGCCUACGUCAAGUACAAUGGUUCCCGGCCGAGGGAGGAAUGGGAAAUGUGGCACCCCACCCUCAUUGCAGAAGCCCUGUUUGCAAUAUCAAACAUUUUAAGCUCCUUGCGUCUCAUCUCCCUGUUUACAGCAAAUUCUCACCUGGGACCCCUCCAGAUCUCUCUGGGACGCAUGCUGCUAGACAUCCUCAAGUUCCUAUUUAUUUACUGCCUGGUGCUGCUAGCUUUCGCCAACGGACUCAACCAGCUUUAUUUCUAUUAUGAAACCAGUGCCUCUGAAGAGCCCAACAAUUGCAAAGGGAUCCGAUGCGAGAAGCAGAACAACGCCUUCUCCACGCUCUUUGAAACUCUACAGUCUCUCUUCUGGUCUGUGUUUGGUCUGUUGAAUCUCUACGUCACUAACGUGAAAGCCAGACAUGAAUUUACAGAAUUCGUGGGGGCCACCAUGUUCGGCACAUACAAUGUCAUCUCCCUUGUGGUCUUACUAAACAUGCUUAUUGCAAUGAUGAACAACUCCUACCAGCUUAUUGCAGACCACGCUGAUAUCGAAUGGAAGUUUGCACGCACAAAGCUAUGGAUGAGUUACUUCGACGAAGGGGGCACUUUGCCCCCUCCGUUUAACAUCAUCCCCAGCCCCAAGUCAUUCUGGUAUCUCUGUAAGUGGAUCCACAAGGAGCUAUGCCCCUCUCAGGACCCAGAGGACGACGAGAAGAAACACGAGAAUCUGAAGACAUUCACGGAGCGUCACGCUGACAACUUGAUCCAGAAUCAGCAUUAUCAGGAAGUGAUCAGAAACCUGGUGAAAAGAUACGUGGCUGCAAUGAUACGAAAUUCAAAAACUAACGAAGGGCUGACGGAAGAAAACUUCAAGGAAUUAAAGCAGGAUAUCUCCAGUUUCCGGUACGAAGUCCUUGACCUCUUGGGGAACCGAAAACCUCAACGGAGAAGCUAUUCCACCAGCAGCACGGAGGUCUCCCAGAAGGACGAGGCCAACGACGAAUGUGCCGGGGAAACGUCCAAAGGAAAAAGCUUUCCGUUCCCCAACAAGAAGAAAGACUUCAACGUCUCCGCGCUGAUCAAGACCAUGUCCGGCAUGGAGAUGGCGAACGAGAAACCGAAAAGCAACGGGAUCAACAAGCGCUCCUUCGUCCGCAACGGGAACAGAGUUCAAAGACUUUCCAGUUCUAAGAAAGAGUCCUUCAAACGCCUGGGGCUCCUUUUCUCCAAGAUGAACGGCCAUCUUGCGGAACCCCACGCGGAGCCCAUGUACACCAUUUCGGACGGGGUCAUUCAGCCGCAUUAUAUGUGGCAAGACAUUAAGUACUCUCAGAGGGCGAAAGAGCGAGGCGAGAACUGCUCCAGAAGCGAAAUUAACCUCAAUGAGGUGGACUACGCUAGGGACGUCAGGCAUACUGGGCAAACCCAGUGCCCGGGGGUCUGUCCCAGCUCCCUUCACUGUGCUUCCAGCAUGUGCUCUUCAAACUCCAAACUCAUAGACUCCUCGGAGGACGUUUUCGACUCGUGGGGAGACGCUUGCGAUAUGUUUAGGAACCAAUGGAAAGACGGGCAAGAGGAACAGGUGACCACCCGCCUAUAAGUAGAGCUGUUCCGUCCCCUGCUGUAGAACAAGAGCCGACGACUCCGGGGCCCUGUUGGCUCUCACAGACUCCUCCUCCUCCUCAUUCAGAUCCCUCUCCCUCCCCUGCGUCCCUUUUGCCUCUGUUGAUGAGCGUAGAACUCCAGUCGUUUUAGCCUGUUUUUAUAAACACAGUGUCACAUAUUCUCUCUCCCCCCCCGGUUUGAUCCCCAAUUUGCUUUCUCAAAUUCCUUCGGUUUAAUCUGAAUGGUCCAGUUCUGUGAAGACUAGAAGAUUCUGCAGAAUUUUCCUCAUGGGUUUUGCUUUGGGUUCCUCCCUU